UAACUGCUCAGGUGAAACACACGCGCACACAUACAAGAUAAACAACCCGGAAUGCUCUAUUUCUUCCUCCUCACCAGCUAUUAUAGCAUGAGAAGUUCAUUCUGAGCAACUGCCUCAUUGCACAGCUAUUGCAAAGCCAAACAGCGUCCCAGCGGUCUGACCGUGUCACUCAAAGCAGAGCGGAGCUAUGAGCAUUUUUGCGGGCUACUGUCAUGUCAUCCGAGACAUUUAAUUGGAGCUGGGCCGCCACGGGGGGACAGCGGACGACAUUCCUGCUCUGCCUGCGCCCUGUUGUGUUGCUCUGCGCCGCGUGGCUGCUGUCUGUGGAUAACAUGUCCAAACCCACGCAGAGCUGAGCUUACAGACACCCUGUGACUGACUGACAACAGUGUGUUGGGACCGCUUUGACUUUGAUGGAAAACAGCUGAGAACAGAAUAACACAGCCGGAGUCUCGAGGAAAAGAAGUGGAGGUCAGAUUCUGGAUUGAGAGUGUUUGUCAUUUCUGCUGGAUUUGAGAGAGGAGCAGAGGCUGAAAGACCACCUGUUUUUAUGCAGAGAGACUUCUAAAGUGGUCCGACGGGGAACAAGUAUCAUCUCAUGGUAAUGCUAAGGACUUAAACUGUUACCUGACUUCAACUUUAUUCCCCUGGACUUCCUGGCUCUGGGUUUGUGCUCCUCCAGCUCCAUUUUGUGCCUGUGGCCGAGUGAAGGGAUAAAUGAUCACCUCAACCAGACGAGUGUCUCCUGAUAAAUCUGAAGUAAGAAUCGCCUUCAGCCUCGACGACACAUCAGAUGUAAAAGAUGUGGAGGAUGUCCCUCAGACGUUCCCAGAUCUUGAACAGCGAUUACAGCCCGUGCCCCCUUGUAUGUCCUUGAGGGAGAGCGUUCAGGUGUACAAGGAGCACUGCAGGAUGGCCAGAGAGUUCCACCAUGUCAAACACGACAUCGCCGUGCUCGAGGACCGCAAGCGAAAGUUGCUGGCCGAGCUGGGAGAGGAUGAGAAAGUUGCCGCUGAGAUUGCCCGACUGGAGGACGAGUUUCUGCGUCUAACGGAGGAGAACCGCUCCUUGGUGACUGUCCACAACGAGCGCACUCAGCAGCUGGAGACGCUCUGCUUGACCGAUCGACCGACGCAGGACUCCUCGUGACCUCUGACCUCUGCAGAACCUGAGACUUCUGAAACACCCAGCUGGACAUUCAGGCCAGGAAACCAAACCAGAAAUAAAGACUCAUUCUACAAAACAACAGUCAGUGAAUCAGCUAAUCACACAGAGAGGCGCUGUGUUUAUUCAUGUCUGAGUCAUUUGUUAUAACCACAUACUUGCUGUCAUCACCAGUAUGAAGCUGUUAAAGUGAUUCUACCAAGCUAGGACACAAGGCCUCCUUUCUGGGUGCUGUUUUCUUAUUAUAUGAUCAUGCAGAACCUUUGUGGUUGCUUUGACAAUACCUCAUAGUGUAUUUACUAAUGUCAGCUGCUGUGAAUGUGACUAGAUAUUCUGAUAACUGUCUCAGGUCCUGUGGAGACUCAGAUCUUUUACCUGAGGUCUUUUGAGGGAGCCAAAGGUGGUAUGUUGUGGUCCAAAUGUUGUAUUUUCAAGGAGUGUCAUCCCUCCUUUUCCCUCCUAUUGCCCGCCAGGUUCCUGUUAUGGUAAAAGGGAAAUGAGUCUUUGAGGCAGUGUCAGGGAUCGGGGAAUUGAAGCCAUUUAUGAGGAACAGCAAAAGAAGAAGGGUGAUUGCUCAUUUCUCAAUAAGUCUCUGCUGCGAGACGACACUGUAGGAGCUGUACAUUUUUUUUUGAUUUCUCAUCCACCUGCAGAAGAGGAAGCAUACAACGAUAUAAACUGUUGCUUGUCUUCCUUGUCUAUUAAUAAAACACAUUUUAUUGUAACGUCA